AUGGUUGCUCUCGUGGCAAUGGGAGCUCAUAACCAACCACAUUGUGGCAGCAGAAUGAGGAAGCAGGCCCACGGCAUGGGGCAUGACUCAGUGGCUAAGAGCACUUCCUUGAGUUUGAAUCCUCUCAGCAUCUGUCUCAUGUCUGGGUAUGGCUGCACAUAUGCAUGGUCCCAGCAGGGGAGGGGGCAGCGCAGGAAGAUCCUCAUAGCCUGCUGGCCAACCAGUAGCAAGGUUCAGGUGCAACAAGCCAAUGAAAGGAGGGAUGGAAGAGCAGGGAUAUUGCUGCCAUUGGCCUUCCUGCUACCCUGGGCACAGAGUUCACUGGCACUAACAUGCGGCCAGAGGAUAAGCGCCAGAUCUCAACAACACCAUGAUGUCUCUGCUAUUGUGGGAGGGGAACCCACGGACAUCUUGGAGUUCCCAUGGCACGUGGGGAUUAUGAGCUUUGGCAAUCAUGUCUGUGGGGGAUCUAUUCUCAGUGAGUGGUGGAUUCUAACUGCAUCUCAUUGCUUCACCCAAGUCAACAACUCUAACCUGGAGAUCAUGCACGGGCGAGAUGACAUCAAAAACGCGGAGGACUUGAAGUAUAAGAAAGUGGACAAGUUAAUCAUGCACCCGAGGUUUGAUAGUUGGCUGCUGGACAAUGACAUUGCUUUGCUCUUGCUCGAAUCCCCAUUAAACCUGAGCAUCAACAGUGUGCCCAUCUGUGUUUCAGAAGUCUCCAACAUACUGGCAUGGGAUAACUGCUGGGUGACAGGAUGGGGCAUUACCAACGCCAGUUUAGUAAACAUCAAACCCUCAAAGCUGCAGAAAGUCAAUGUGGAGCUGUUCACAUGGGACCGGUGCAUCCAUAUUAGGCCUUUAAUAACCAAGAAUGUACUGUGUGCUGGGGUUCAAGAUGCUGGGAAGGAUGCCUGCCAGGGUGACAGUGGAGGACCUCUGGUUUGCAACAAAAAGAGAAACAGAAACACUUGGUACCAGUUGGGAAUUGUCAGCGGGGGCAUGGGCUGUGGCAGGGAGAACGUACCCGGAAUAUAUACCAAGGUGUCGUACUACCUGAAGUGGAUUAGAAAGAAGACAGCGGAGGCAGGGAAGCCUUAUGUGUACGUGGAAGACUCUGCAUGCCCUUUGCAGAUCUCUUGCUGGACUAUUGUAUUCCUGUAUUUCAUGAUGCUCUAA